AUGGAAAUAACUAAUUGCGUAAACGACACCGCUGAAUAUGGCACCAAGAGGCCACCUCAGCCGUUUGACAUAAUUGUCAAAAGAAACUGCGAUGACCAUUCGGACGGCAGUUCGUCGAAAUCGGACAACAACGACGAUGAAUACGUCGAUGCUUCGGACCAGUUGAUGUCCGAUAACCGCGUCUUAAGCGACGGCACGUUUCCGAAGAUCAGCCCUCCGGCAUGGAUGAAGCGCCCGGAGAACCGCGGAGACUCGAUGGAGAUCCACUACGAACAGCGCGUGGAGUACGAAAGCUGCGACGAGGAGCUGGAAAUGGACGAUUUCUUUUGUUUCCCGUCGCUAGAUGUCGCUAAAGAACAAGCGGGGCAGUUUGUGAAAAAAGUCUGGGAAGCUUCGUGGAAAGCCACUCACUUCUAUUCGCUUCCCGAGUGGUUGCAGGACAACGACUUCCUGUACAGCGGCCACCGACCACCGCUGCCAUCGUUCAACGCUUGCUUCAAGUCAAUCUUUCGGUUGCACACCGAAACGGGAAACAUCUGGUCGCAUAUGUUGGGUUGUGCCGCUUUCGUUGGUACAGCGAUCUACUUCCUCACCCGACCAGAGGUGCAGGUCCAGUGGCAAGAGAAGUUGGUGUUUUCGUCGUUCUUCCUCGGCGCAAUUUCUUGCCUCGGUCUGUCAUCUGCGUUUCACACCGUUUCGUGUCAUUCAGAAAGAGUUGGCAAAAUAUUCAGCAAACUUGACUACUGUGGAAUUUCAUUGCUGAUCAUGGGAUCGUUCGUUCCUUGGUUAUUUUAUGGCUUUUAUUGCCGGCGAGAACCCAAAAUCGUUUAUAUCAUCCUAAUACUACUUUUUGGAACUGUCUGUGUGACUGUCUCUUUAUGGGACGAAUUUUCGACUCCUCGAUUCCGACCCGUUAGAGCAGGAUUGUUUAUGGGCCUUGGGCUUUCUGGAAUUAUUCCGUGCGUUCAUUAUUUUAUCACCGAUGGAUUCUGGUCUGCUGUCUACGAAGCAUCGCUUGGGUGGUUGCUUCUGAUGGCAGUCCUUUAUAUUGGCGGAGCGCUGUUGUACGCUUGGCGGAUACCAGAGCGAUUCUUUCCAGGCAAAUGUGACAUUUGGUUCCAGUCGCAUCAGAUUUUUCACCUUUGUGUCGUCAUGGCCGCUUUCGUUCAUUACCAUGGAAUAAAUGAAAUGGCAGUCCAUCGUCUGUCUUCAGGCAGCUGCGAGGAAAACCUGAUCGACAUCAAACCAUUGCUGAUGAAUUCUUGA